UGUUUAGUGGAAGCUUUGGUUUCGUCUGUGACCAGUAGGACAUUGUGUAGCUUUUCAUAACGUGAUUCAAAAAUAGCCAAUACGGAAUUAUAUGGGCAAAUUCAGUGCACUUUAAUAUGUCAAGCCUUCAAGCGCCUAUUGCUGACGAGGAAGACAUCCUUUUCAUGGAUUCUGAGGAAGACGCACACCAUGGCACAGGUAGUGUCCCGGCUCAGUCGGCUGACCAUGUUGUGAAGACCGGUGACACCAACUGUUGGCCGACUCUAACGGUCUCCUCCAAAGACAAACAUCAAAAUGAUCCAUGGAGACUACCUCGACCAAAAGCUAUGAAAGAACACAGACAGUUAGCACACCCACAUGAACCCAGUGCGACAGAAUCAACCGACAACCUGCUUGCAGAAUUUAGAGAGUCUAAUGAACAGCCACAAUGUUGCGACGAAAAGGGAGACAACCCAAGGGGAGAUAACUCUGUGAGACUCAAGUUAAGCGAUCCCUCACAACCACGGGAAGAGGUUCAAGAAACGUGCUUCUCUGAUGGGCCAGGCGGAGCAGCACCUUCUGUGAUCAGGUCUGCUACACAGGACAGUAAAGGGGAUGAUGGAAUGUCUCCAGGGAAGUACAGUGCGCUGAGAGAGGAGGGGACUGAGCGGGAGGAGGAGCACGACUCCAGCACUGAGUUGUAUGUACCAGAACGACGGAUGACCCCUGCCAACUACCGGAGGGAAUACCUAUGUGGACUGUUCCUCAAGUAUUCUAUAUUUAUCUUCAAUUUUCUAUUCUGGGUGGCCGGGGUGGUGCUGUUCGCGUUCGGAUACUGGAUCCUGUCCUCCAAGGGGCAGAUAUUCGCCGGGGGCGGCUACUUCUUCCUCGACCCCGCCGUCAUGCUAUGCAUCGUGGGCUGCACCAUCUUCAUCGUCGCAUUCUUCGGCUUUCUAGGCGCCCUCAGGGAAAACGUACGCUUGUUGAAGAUUUUCCGCGUGUGUCUGGUGGUCGUGCUGGUCAUCCAGGUGGGUAUCGGUAUCCUGGUGUUCGUGUUCUACACCAUGCCAGAAGCCAGGGAGUCCAUCCUGUCUGGACCAGAAAUGAUACUGAGGGACGCCAUCAAGCGUUACCAUGACGACGAAGAGAAACGGAAAUGGAUCGAUCUGAUACAGAAAGAGUUCCAGUGCUGCGGCAUGAGCCACAACAACAUCGGCUACAUGGACUGGCAGCUCAACCGCUACUUCAACUGCUCCGCCAGCAACCCCAGUACAGAGAGGUGUGCUGUGCCCGUGUCAUGCUGCAUAUUCGAGCCCGGAGACUAUAUCAAUGUCAUGUGCGGUUUCGAUACUACAAACAAACCGAGGAGCAAAGUACUCCACAGAAUCAACACCAAGGGCUGCAUGCGGGGCUUGGCGGACUGGAUGCGAGGCAAUGAAUCAUACAUAGGUGGUCUCCUGUUGGCCUUUGUCACACCUCAAGUGCUUGGUGUAAUAUUUGCCACUCUGUUCAUCCGACAUAUUCUGAGAAGCCGGGCAAGGUGGCGACUCUUAAGAAGAACAUGAGUCGUAGCUGUCGCCAGUAGUGUCUCUCGCAAACUUCCGGUCUUGCGCUGUCACAACCAGGUACGUUGACUCCUUCAUGACGUUUGUCACGUGAAGCAACCCGGUACAGGUGCCCGGACGUGUGCAUUUAUGAGAACAUUGGUCCCAUGACUGAACCAACCCUUCUCUACCACAGCGGGCAUAGGUCCUGUGCAUAGAUUGCUGUAUUGUUUCAAGGAUAAUGAUGAAAGACCCAAACCACAUUCUACCCAAUUUGUAGGAUACAAUUAUAGAUGAUAAAUCGCUGAAUGAUAUCCACAUGGAUUAUAUACGAUAGCCAUUACGUCCUAUGUGGGAAAUGAGACAUUACAGUCCCCAAGACACAAGGAACGCAUCCAUAGAUCGAACAUGUCCUGCAGCUUUAACCCAAACUGUGAAGGUUACAUGUCCAAAAGAAUUUCACGUGAACAGCAUCAGCGAAGGUCGGUUGUUCUUUCAUAUUGAUUACCUCAAUAAAUGUGAUAUACCCUAUAGACUUUAAUGUGAACCCAGUCAAUGAACGUGAGAUCUCUUAUAGACUUUCAUGAGAACUCAAUCAGUGAAUGUGAGAUGUCAUAUAGGCUUUCAUUUGAACCCAGUCAGUGAACGU